AUGUGUUUGUGUUUGCGCUGCAUCUGCUUUCUCGAUCGGUUGAUUGUACAGUCAUCACAGGUUCGGUUCAGACAUCAUUGGAACAUUAGUCGAUUCGCGGUUGUCGGAGCCAUUCCCAGGGCAUUGGUUACCGGGGGCCUGCAUCUGCCAUCACUCAAUCACCGUCAAUCUAUUUGCGUUGAACCUUAUAACCCCCUCGUCCUUCAGCGCGUUGCAGGCUGCCCCGUUCAUGACUCGGUGUGCUGGAAUCCCCACUCACCUUCUGGACGACUCGAGCGGCCACGUGUUUGGCAUAUCUUUCCACCCGCGGACCCUCACUCGGCCUGCUCAAAUCGGUCUCGUCUCGGCUACAAACAACACCCAAAGCAACCCAUUCGACAGUCUUGCUCAAGGCAGCUUCUCACGAUGGCCUCGGUGUUGCACGAAAGGCUGACUGGCCUGCUGGAAACAGCCAGGCCGGCUGUCAUCCGAGCCGUCCAACAGGCUCUCCAGUGGGUUGCCGCCAACAAAGGCCAAACAGCGUGGGGAGCAGUGACGGCCGCCCUCCUGUACCUGAACGUCAAGAGGUUUCCACUGGUGUGGCAUCUCCGCGUCUUCCGCAGCAUCUGGUGGCCAAGAAAGGGCCAUUUCGGAAGCAAACCCGGCGCCGUGUUCCGUCCCGUCGUCACGCCGUCACGCGUGACCCUGCUGGAGUCGGACUACAACUUGCACAAGUCCAACAGCACCUACUUCUCCGACCUCGACGUCGGGAGAACCGACCUCCUCGCCGCCCUGCGAGCCGAGGCGGCCCGCGGCGGCCUGUACGAGGAGUACAAGAACGGCGUCAUGGUCCUGCUGGCCGGCACCUCGUGCAUCUUCAAGAAGGAAAUCAAGCCGGGCGCCGCCUUUGACAUGCACAGCCGCAUCCUCACCUGGGACAAGAAAUGGCUGUACGUCGUGACCCAUUUCGUGGAGAAGAGCAAGCACGCCGAGUCGUACACGUACCAGCCGUGGAAGAAGCCGGAAGACGGGAAGACGACCGCCUCCAAAUCGCCCGUCGUGUUCGCCACGGCCGUCUCCAAGUGCGUCGUCAAGGCCGGCCGGCUCACGGUGCCCCCCGAGAAGUUCCUCCAGGCGGCGGGGGUCCUCGCCACCGCCGCCCACGACCAUUCAGACGGCGAGCCUAGCGGAGCUGACGGCAACCUGGGCGACGAAUCGGACCCGUCCGGCGACGAGGGGUGGACGUGGGCCAGAGUGGAGGAAGAACGUCUCCGGGCGCUGAGCAUGGCGGACGGUUUCGCCAGCGGGUUGGAUGCAGCACAUGAAGAGUUCUACGCUCUGGGAUAG